UUAUUGCUGUCUCUCCCUACUUCAUGUUUUAUUUCAGCUCACAAUGCGUUCACGUCUCCACCGGACGCUUUCGAAAAAAUUGAACACGUUCUGCGAUCACUCUACGCUCCACGGGGCGUAUUACCUGAAGAAAGGAAAAGGCACUGUCGUGCUGUGGAGCGGCAUAAUUGUGGCUGGCUUUGUGCUGUGGGGCGUGAUUGGGCACAUGAUCUAUCAGAAGUACAGCUGCGACCCCACCGUCACUGUGGUGGAGUCUACCUACUACGGGACUGACCAGAUUCCGUUUCCAUCGUUCAUGAUUUGCGACCCAAUGCCACUGUAUGGACCUAAAACUGGGAACGUAUCUCUUAUAUUAAACAGCCGAGGCUAUGGUGCCAGUGAGAUGAACGACUUUUUUGACAGUUUUCUUGACAUUCUUGAUGUUCAUUAUAUGCCACCAAUUCAUGUCAGGAAGAUGCAUGCUCUUCUGCAGGAUCUUGGAUUUAAUCUGGAGAUAUUACUUGAAAUGUUCAAGAAGCCAUGUGACGUGACGUUGGUGAAGUGCCGAUGGUGGUCGAUGGAGUUCAAGUGUUCGGAGAUGUUCCUCGAGGUGGUCACCGUCGUCGGCCAUUGCUGCCAAUUUGACAUCGCGCAUUUCAAACGUUUCGCUCCCAGUAACACCAAGUUUGUACCCGGCAACACGAUUUCGCGAGGACUCGAGCUUACUGUGAACGGUGUCAAAGAAUAUGCAAAUGGAACUGUACGCGAUGGAGCAGUGUUGAUGUACAUUUUCGACCCUGACAACCAGGUCACUGCGGUAGACAACCCCAUAUCCCUCGCUCCAACCAGCUAUUUCGAAGUGGAAAUCGGGAUCUUUCCCAUCGACUCCUCUCCAGAGGUCAAAGCCCUGCCUCUGAAGAUCAGGAAAUGCUCCUUAAGUACAGGCCAAGCCAUCGGAGCCAGUUUUUACCAAAAAUGCAUUUCAACGCUGCUAGUGAGAAAACUCGUGAAUUCGUGCAAAUGUCUCCCAUUUCUGUAUUCAGCUGAAGACUUGUGUGUAGAAGACUACCCGACCUGUACCUGGGAGAGAUACUUAUGUAUUGUACCACAAAUGGAUAUCACUUAUGCGGACAUGCACUCACUAAUUCGCAUGAACGACUGCUACCAGAGGUGCGACUACGUGGAGUACGACCCGAAAGUAGAGUUCGUACGAAAAUUGAAUAACACCAAGAACACAAACUACACCAAACUAGCUGUCCGCUACGCAUCCACAACCUGCAUGAAGUACAGGAGACAGAUCAUCUACACUUGGGAUCAGAUGUUAGCUAACCUCGGUGGAAUAUUCGGUCUCUGCUUGGGCGGCUCGUUUAUAAGUCUCAUAGAAAUUGUGUGGUUCCUCGUAGACAUCCUCGUCACCACAAUCAGUUACAGACCGAAAAAAAAGAAAGUUAUACUUGUUAACGACAAAUAUAAGAAACACGGCAGGAAUGAAAAUAGAUAUUACAAGUUUACACAUUAA